AUGAGGACAAGGGUGCCGAUCCAAAAGCCAGCCGAGAGUGCCACUGCAGGACUAUCACAGUUCGGAAAAGGUUUCGAAACCUCCCAAUUAUUACGGAAGUUCUUCGAAACUCUUUCGGGAUCAUUCCGAAGUAGCCCUUCGGAGUCGAUUUCGAAAGCACGGAGUUUCGUAUCGGACGGUCUUCAAAAGACCAUCGGAAUGCCUUUCGCAACGCAUUGCGAAAUGUACCUGGACCAAGGUCCAGGACGUCGCCCCCUGCGGGCGCAUGUUUCGCAACAUUUCCGAACGAACUUCGGAAAUGUUUCGAAACCGAGCACCCGUAGUGUUGACCAGUAG